AAAAAAUCCCAAAAGAAUAAAAAAAGAGGAACGGCAUAAAAGGCGUGAGAAGGGGGAGAGUUUCGAGAGUGAAACACGUAGCGAAAUUUGGUCCGUGCGUGCGUUCGUUCGUUCGAGCGUGAGUGAGUCGAAAAAGAAGUAGUAGUGUAGAGGAGAAGGAGCUUUGAAGCUUCAAAAACCUCUUCUUCUCUUCAACGCUCCUUCUCUCACUCCUCAUUCUCAUUCCGUUUCCUCUUCUUCCUACUUACUUGUGAAACAAGCUGCAAUUCCUUCUUUCUACAGGUUUUUCCAUACACAGAGACCGUGGCCUUUCCACAAUUCUCCCAUGUCUGGCGGCGUUGAACGUCCGCCCUCAGCACUUGUUCUUCACGGAAUUGACGAUGUUGAUGACUACAUUUGGGCAAAUGAAGGAGAGGAAGCAUUGCCCUUAGACACAUUUACUCAUGUUUUUCACCUCAUGCAGAGAGGAAAUCAAGCAUUUAGAGAGAGGCGUUAUGAGGAGGCAAUUCAUUGUUACAUAAAAGCUAAUAGCAUCAAACCAAGUGAUCCUAUUAUUCUUAGCAACCGUUCUACUGCUUAUAUCAGGUAUAGUAAAUAUUUGAUAGAAAGACCUCCAUCAACCUCUGAAGAUAGUCCAUUGAAUGGGCUGGAUCCUACAACGCAUGCUGAACUUGCCUUAAAGGAUGCAGAGAAGCUGAUCAACCUACGAAGUAAUGCUGUUAAGCCAUACUUGUUAAAGGCCAGUGCUCUCAUUUUGUUGGAGAGAUACGAGGUGGCCCGAGGUGUUCUUCUUUCUGGUCUUCACAUGGAUCCUUCUAGCAUUUCUCUUCAGAGUUUUCUACAGGAUUUGGGGAAUAUACAAAGCAGUUUGAUGGGUAGUAGAUACCAUGAAGGACCAGAACUCAGUGAUGAAUUUAAUUGCUCAUUAUGCCUGAAGUUAUUUUAUGAACCUAUCACAACUCCUUGCGGGCAUUCUUUUUGUCGGUCAUGUUUGUUUCGGUCAAUGGAUCGUAGUAAUAAAUGUCCAUUGUGCCGGAAAGUUCUUUUCAUUAGUCCAAGAACUUGUUCUAUCAGUGUUACACUUAACAGUAUUAUACAAAAGAGUUUCCCUGAGGAAUAUGCUGCAAGAAAGUCAGAUCAUGAAAGUAUGACAAACUUUGGUGUUGAUUUGCUGCCUCUUUUUGUCAUGGAUGUUGUCAUUCCAUGUCAGAAAUUUCCGCUGCAUAUAUUUGAACCUCGAUAUAGACUAAUGGUGAGAAGGAUAAUGGAAGGGAGUCGUCGUAUGGGAAUGGUUAUUGUUGAUCCUUCAACAAAUUCCUUAGCUGAUUUUGCUUGUGAAGUUGAGAUAACGGAGUGUGAACCACUUCCAGAUGGGCGUUUCUACCUGGAGAUUGAAAGUCGUCGACGAUUUCGAAUAGUCCGGGCUUGGGAUCAAGAUGGGUAUCGUGUUGCUGAGAUCGAAUGGAUACAGGAUAAUAACCCACUAGAAGGGACACCAGAAAGAGAAGAAUUACUUGAGUUGACACGUAAUGCAUCAGAGUACACUCGGUCGUGGAUGAGGAGGGCAAAACAAGCAGCACAAUAUGAUCAAAGAAAACUCGAGCAAAUUCAUAACCUGGAGACAAUGAUGCCCACAGUGCAAGAUCCUGAGGGCUUCAGCUUCUGGCUUGUUACCCUAUCAAAUCUGAGGCCUCAAGAAAGAUUGGAGCUACUGCGCAUGAGAGAUACAAAAGAGAGGAUCAAACGUGGGUUGAUUUAUCUCAAUACCGAGCACGGCUGCCGAGUGCAAUAGUAGAAAAAUAUGGUGAUUAUAAUUUAAAUUCAUUUAUAUAGAACUAACAAUUAAAUAUUCUUUGGUUCACGCUAAUAUUUUCGUGGAUCAUUAUUUAUAUUUUCCUUUUUAAGUGCAUAUAGAAUCAUGUUACUCUAUGAUUUGUCUUGUUAUACAUACACGAUAUUCAUAUGGACAUCUGAGCUUGGUGGGUGUUAAGCAACUCGGAAGAGAGAAAGUUACUUAUCAAUACUUUUUUUUUCUUCUUA